AUGGUUGACGGUAAUAAUGAUACUCCACCUCCCCCUCCUCCCCCCUCUUCCCCAGCCUUCCACCCGGCCUAUGCUGUCUCCAACAUCAAGAAUCUCAUGCCUAUCACCCUUGAUCAAGAGGAAAGCCAAUAUGCCACAUGGGUGGAGCUCUUCCGAAUUCAUGCUUGUGCAUUCAACGUUUUGGAUCACAUAGACACUACCGUCGAUCGUCCAUCUGACAUUGAUGACUUCACAUGGAAACGUUUGGAUGCCAUUGUUAAACAAUGGAUAUAUGGGACCAUUUCAAAGGACCUUGUCAACACAAUCAUGAAACCCGGCGCCACCGCGCUCGUACUUUGGAAACGUUUGGAGGAACUUUUCUAUGAUAAUAAGCACACUCGUGCUGUCUAUUUGGAGGAGCAAUUUAACACCAUUCGUCUUGAGAAUUUCGCGAACAUGUCGGAAUACACAAGGCAGAUCAAGCUUUUGGCGGAUCAACUAAGCAACGUCGGCAAUCCCGUAUCGGAGAGCAAGAUGAUUUUGCAAUUGAUCACUGGUUUGCCUAAAGGGGAGUAUGACACCGUCGCCGCCAUGAUACAACAAACUGACCCCCUACCAAGCUUUAACUCAGCCCGCUCACGUUUUCUUUUGGAAGAAACACGAAAAUCAAAGCAGGAAGAACAUUCCCAGCACGCCUUGGUGGCGCAAUCUCCCACCGGCAACUCUUCGGCUUCACCGCAAACCACCAUCGAACCACAGAGGACCUCCGGCGGCCGUGGCGGUGGGUCCAACAGCCGCGGCCGAGGUCGUGGGAACCUUCGUGGGGGUAAGAUCCGUGGUGGCAGUGUGCGUGGCAAGCCCCAAAGUGCCACACAACACCAACAGCAACACGGGUUCAACCAGCCGCCCAAUCCCACAUGGGCCAAUCAGCAACAAGCCCAACCUCAUCAGCAGUGGGCCGGCCCAGUUCAGGGAGGAUGGGCAUCUCCCCCUUGCCCAUAUCCCACACAGCCUACUGCGUUUUUCCAGAGACCUCAAGGCUCAAUUUUGGGCCCUCGACCGGCCCAACAGGCCUACUUUGCUCCAGUCCAGCAGCAGCAAGGGUAUGGACCUCUUAUGUAUCCCACCGAAUUGGGUAAAGCAUACAGUUCUAUGAGCCUGCAACCUCCUAAUGACGGGUGGUAUAUGUAUACGGGAGCUACUUCUCACCUCACUCACAAUGCUGGUAAUCUUCCUCAACUGUUUAGUUUGAGCACUCCUCAGUUUAUUUUAGUUGGUAAUGGCAAACGCAUUCCUAUUCAGGGCUACGGCCACACCUCAACACCACCACCUCAAACCCCUUUUCAACUCAAAAAUGUCUUAUAUGCUCCUAAUAUUAUUAAGAACCUUAUUUCUGUUAGGAAAUUUACAUGUGACAAUUCCGUAUCUAUUGAGUUUUACCCUUUUGGUUUUUCUGUGAAGGACCUUCAUUCGGGGACGGUUCUAGCGAGGUGCAAUAGUGUAGGGGACCUUUAUCCUUUCUCUUCGUCUUCCGCUGCAAGAGAACAUGACCAUAUUUCAUUUACUGCUAUUUCUCCUUCAACCUGGCACAAUAGACUUGGACAUCCAGGAGCACCAGUUUUUAAUUUUCUUAGGAACAACAAUUUUAUAAAUUGUAAUAAGGGCAACAAUGCCCAUUUUUGCUACUCUUGUCCCUUGGGAAAACUUGCUAGACUUCCUUUUUCAGUCUUCUUUGAGUGA